AUGGCAGCCAGCGAUCUAGCUGGAAUUGACACGAUUCGAGCCAAAUCUCCCAGCUUUGAUGACAGCGAAUUAGCUGCAGCAAGCAAGCAGGUCCGACAACUGCUGACUUGCUGCGAGGCUACCACUGACGAGGUCAUCAGUCGAGAGGCAAAAGCACAGGUCGCACGAUUUGACUUGUGGGCAUCGAACAUCGGGGUUUUCGCGAAACGCCACGCCUCUCUGGACUAUCGACUGCGCGCCGCGCCGAUCAGCAGAGCGGCUAUAGAGAGCAGUCUUGACACUCUGUGUAACAACAUAUUUUUCGCACUGACAGGGGACUACGAUGUUGCUGAGCAGGAGCAAGAUCGGCUUGGUGAUCUGGUCGAGGACAUUCCCCAGUACUGCCAAGGUCUCAUUCGUCGACAUAGGCCUGCUCCUACGACUACUCUGGAAGGCCUGCAUACCGUUGGGACCUCGAUCACGUCGCUGCAUCGCCUCUCACUCGCCAUCCGCAAGUCAGGGAACCGGAACUCAUUGUCCAGGGUUCCUGGUCUCCUUGACGUCGACCAUGGCUACACGCUCUUCCACAACACCAAUGCAGAACAGCAAGCUGUGCUAGCCUGCACGUACGCUAUCACGUCGACAUUCGAGGACUUUGUCAGAUCGACGCUGUCACGGAGGUGGUUGCAAUAUGCGACAGAUCCGAGCUCUGCCCAAGGGCAAGCACAGCAUACUCCAGACUUAGGUCUCAACAAAGUGCAAGCGGAGUAUAGAUCGAUCAUGCUGGAUCGCUGCGUGGCUAUGAUUGUGAGCCGACGAAGGCUUCUCGUGUACUUUGGCAAUCACCAAAGUAAGCUUGAGAACUCUGUCGACCACAACCCGGGUAUCAGACAGAAAGGUACAUGGCCCAAUCCUGUGACCACAUCAUCCCCGUUCAACGAUAUACAAGCCUUGGACAACGCACCAGAAAAACUUGCAGAGAUACCCUUCAGCGAGACUGAAGCUUCCAUAAUCGAAGACUCAAAACUUGCGAAGCCUAUGUCGGAAGUAGAGCCAUCCGUUACCUCGUCAACAGGGAGUUCGACGCUCAGUGAAGCUUCCCAAGAGAUCACGAAAUGCUUCGACCUUCCCAGCCCGCCGCUGCUAAGUCCGGGCGAGCGUGAAGGGACUUGUCCGUAUUGCCGUCUGGUCCUCCCAGCCAAGGAGUUCUCCAAAAGUCGACGCAAUCGUAAGUGGAAACAUCACCUGUGGCAAGAUUUGCAGCCAUACUGUUGUCUUCAUUCCAGCUGCCCCCAAUCGGGCAAGCGAUAUGGCAAUCUCAGGGAAUGGCAGGCUCAUCUUGAUCAGCCACAUAUCUUGCAGCUCGAUCAAACACAAGAGUCAAAUGAGUUAGAGCUAUCAAACAAUUUCCGCGCGGCUGUAGAGUCGAAAGCACAAACCGAAGAAAAUGUGAUAGCAUCGCAGUCCAAGACCCUCAGCGAAGGCGAGACCAUACUUACCUUGCCCGAUUCCCUUCAAUCUGGCUGGUGUUUUGUCUGUCUCGGCCGAUAUGAUGGUAACGAAGCGCUACGGAUGCAUACCGCUCGCCACCUGGAGAUAGCCUCGCUACUAGCAUUACCUCUACGGCAGGAUGUCGCGGAUGUCGAUGACAUUCCAAGUAGCAUUCCGUCCGUGGGAGAUGCGAUCGGUCUUGCGGAUUCCGCGGGCGGCGAUGAAAUAUCACCAUUACCAUCUCGAGAGCAUGCGGGACGAAACGACUCUGUCGUACCCUUGACCUCAUAUCGAUUGGAAGCUUUGGACAACCAAGAGGACGGCGGUAGAGGUGUCGCAGGCUGGCUUGUGGGAGCACAAGAUGCUGUUAAUCUGCCAGCCGAGAUGCGUGAAGCCCUUGCAGAUGAUGGAACAGCACUUGCGCGUGAUGUCUCUAAACAAUAUGACCAUCCCACUCGACUCAUCGACACUCGGACUCUAGCAAUAAAGCAUAUUCAGUCCGGCAGUCAAGUGAGGUACGGCAUACUUUCUCAUGUGUGGGGCCCACAGGAGAUCUCCUACGAAAACUUCUUCAACGAGCAAGCAAGAGACGGUCAAGGCUUUACAAAAGUUUGGAAAUGCUGUAAGCUUGCAUUAGAACAUGGGUUAGACUACAUGUGGAUCGACAGCUGUUGUAUCGACCGAGGGAGUACCGCCGAGUUGAGCGAGGCAAUAAAUUCCAUGUUUGCAUGGUAUGCGUCUGCUGCCAUAUGCUUCGUCUACCUUGCAGAUGUGGGAAUGCCCACAAACUCGGUCCAUAGUGGCAACGACGAACAGUUCUUCGGGAGCCGAUGGUUUACCCGUGGAUGGAGUCUGCAAGAGCUGCUUGCGCCGCGGAACGUACGAUUCUUUGAUUGCGAUUGGAGACUGCUUGGCACUCUGUCGGAGCUCACUAACAUGGUGAAGGACAUCACUGGCUUGGAGACAGCGCUACUCAGGCACGAGAAGCCGAUCAGUGCAUAUAGCGUCGCUCAGCGUAUGUCCUGGGCUGCAGGCAGAAUGACCACGCGGCGUGAAGACAUGGCAUACUGCUUGCUUGGUAUCUUUGAAGUCCACAUGCCUUUACUGUAUGGUGAGGACGAUGGGGCUUUCCUGAGACUGCAGCAUGAGGUGUGUAAACGGCAUCGGGAUGAUACCAUCUUCGCCUGGAGCGACGAGCACAUGCUUCUAGCCCCUGCACUUACUGGAGCUAUGUUCGCUCCCGACGUUCGAUGCUUCCUCGGGUGUCGCGAUGUUGUUCAGACAGAUUGGCCUGAGCCUUUGCAAUGGGAAUUAACACAGGGAGGACUUCAUAUCAGCGGCGCAAUGACUAUGCCUGGACCGUCAGACGAAAGCACGUUGUUAGUGCUGAGCUGCGCACCGCGGGAGAAGAAAACUUCUCGUUAUGUCCUAACGUUACGGUACUCGAGGACGGACGGGCGUUAUACUGUUCGCUCUCCACGUCAAGUACAGAUCUUCAACGUGACGGAGAUUAGGGCAAGGGCCACACGAGGCAGUAUUAAGAUCCACAUCCAGAUGAGCAACUCGGAGGCUUUUCACGACGAGAAAGACAAGAUCGAGCGUGAGCGCAUCGAGCGCAAGAUCGCCGGAACGGAGGCUGCUGAAGCGGCGCGUGAGGUGUUGGCGAAAAACCGACAAGGAGUCACCUCAAGCUUUGAUCCGGCAGUGUCAUACAGCGGUGACGUGAUGUCGGAGAGACGCGAUGAAUACACACCGCCCGAGGCCCCUGGACCCGCCGUUGCUGGCCGGCCAGAUGACUACAUUGCUAGCUCUUGGCUUCCACUAGAAGAUGACCGUGGACCACCCACGAGAAUUGCGAAGAAAAGUGAUCGGAGGCGACGCAGAGGAUAA